ACCGGUUUUCUUUAUUGGCACUACAGUCUAGGAUGGGGCUUAGCCUGCAACACAAUAUUUUUCCAGACAGUAUCUCUGACCUUGAUCUUCCACUUGGAGACUUAAAAUCAUUCAAGACAUCAUCCAUCUACUUUUUCUUCAGUCUGCCUUUUGUCCUUCUGCUUCCAAUACAAGAUCUUCACCACUCUGUUUUCAGAAGAUUUGUUUUUAUCUCAGUUUUCCAGUUUAAGGCAUUUGUAAAAUGGGAAGAAGUAGAUCUCGGUCACCUCCUGGCAGAAGAGAGAGACAUAGAAGCAGAUCACGAGAAAGGGAACGUGAUCAUGAUAGGAGAGUUAGAGGUCGUUAUCGAUCAAGAUCACCUUCCCCACGACGCCGAAGAAGCAGUAGGUCACCACCCAUUAGAAGGAGGUCAAGGUCUCGCUCAUGGUCACCACCCAGAAAUAGAAGGAGCAGAUCUAGCUCAAGGUCUGAUUUUAAGAUAACUUUUAAUUGUUUCUUUUUUUUAUUUUCUUACAAAAUGAAACUAUGUUUUCAUUUUG